AUGUCGAUUAUGGAACUCAACGGAGGGUCCGUUGUGGCCAUGACGGGAAAGAACUGCGUUGCGAUUGCUUCAGAUUUGAGAUUAGGGAACCAGGCUCUGACGAUUGCGACGAAUUUUGAGAAGGUAUUCCCUGUCACAGAUCGUAUAUACGUCGGUUUACCCGGUUUGGCGACGGACGUUCUAACGCUGAAGGAACGCUUACGCUAUCGCGUAAACAUGUACACCAUUAAGGAAGGACGUGAGAUCGAACCACAAACCUUCGCACACCUCGUCAGCUCGACGCUUUAUGAACGAAGAUUUGGGCCGUAUUACAUAGAGCCUAUCAUUGCUGGCCUGACCAAGCCCUCAGAGGGCAGUAGGCCAUACAUUGCCGGAACGGAUUUGAUUGGGUGCUUGACCCUUCCCAAGGAUUUUGUUGUUGCCGGGACGGCAGCUGACAAGCUGUUUGGAACAGCGGAGUCUUUGUGGGAACCUGAUCUUGAACCGGAAGAUCUCUUUGAGACCAUUUCACAAACACUCCUCAAUGCUGUUGACCGUGAUGCAUUCUCCGGUUGGGGGGCUAUAGUACACAUCAUAACACCAGAGAAGAUUAUUACUCGAACGCUUAAGGGACGAAUGGACUGA